AGAGAGAGAGAGAGAGGAGGGGAACACAGAGAGGAGAGAGCGGGGCAGCGCACUCAUCAUGCACGCCGGACUGCGUGAGGACACACCGCACGCGGAGCACAAGGAGGAAGAGGGAGCGGCGGGUGGCGACAAGCGACAGACAAUAACAUAACCGACAGGUUUUCAGGACGUUAGAUAACAACUUUUUCAAGACCACCGGGUAGUUUUUUUUUCUUUUUAAACAUGUCUUAAUUGUAUUAAAAUACUUUAAAUGCAUCGGAACGUUGAGAAAAGCGAGUUGUUUGCGGAAGUAAGUAAAGUUGAGUUGAAGGAAGUUCAGACGGAGAAGGAAAAGUAACCGAAAAGUGGUGUCAAAUUCGAGAGGAUCCUAGUUCUUGGGACGGGGUCCGACCCUUGGGAGAUGGAUACCCACGUAAAAGAGGGACAACUUUACGUUCAACAUCAGAAGUUUAUAAAGGUAAGACAAGAAAAUAUCAGAAAACUACAUAUUUAAUAAAAAAUCAUUUUAAUCAUUUAGCAGACGCUCUUAUCCAGAGCGACUUACAGUUAAGUGAGUGCAUACAUUUUUCAUACUGUCCCCCCGUGGGAAUCGAACCCACAACCCUGGCGUUGCAAGCGCCAUGCUCUACCAACUGAGCUACAGGAGGCCUACGUAGUUCGAACUUGUCAUAGACCACUAAAACUGUUUUCAAGUUGAAGUGGAAAAAGACGUAAUGCCCUUAUCUGGUUGGAAUUCCAGAACCGGAGUUAACGGUCAUGGACUGGACUAGGGAACGUUAUUCUACGUCAUAGCGCACACAUUGAUCCACUUAAAGUAAGCUAUUGUAUCCAGCCAAGUUCAGAGGCCGGGCCCGACCAUCCUGCAAACCAUUGUAGCCUAAUUUACAUCCCAUGUCAAAGAUUUAGUUUUCAUAUUAUGAAAAGUCCCAUUGCCGAACAAGUUCGACACCAAGGGGAAGUUGAGAAGGAACCAGUUUAGCUCUCUAAUGCAACUCAGCAUCAAUGUUUUGACAUGAUUUUACCCUUUAGCCAUCAACUAGUUUAAACUGUAGCUGACGGAUAGGCCUAGACCUAGAGCAGUCUAAAGUUGAAUGUAUAGUAGCCUAGACUGUCAGUGUUUAUUCAAUCUGUUUGAACUGUAACAUUGGAGCAGUUGUUUUUUCUCUGCAGUGUCAGCUGCAACUUAGUAGGCAUAUUACUGUGUGCGCGUGCGUGUAAUGUGUACGCGCGCACGUUUUUACUAAGGAGCCAUAACACAAUCAUAUCAAGUAUCACUAUUACUAAGUAUUUAAUAAGCAUCAGUAGAGGACAUUCAUGUUAUAUCUUUCAGUCUGUAUAUAGCAACCUUGCCCUAUAGCCCCCAGGCCUGUAUAUAGCAACCUUGCCCUAUAGCCCCCAGGCCUGUAUAUAGCAACCUUGCCCUAUAGCCCCCAGGCCUGUAUAUAGCAACCUUGCCCUAUAGCCCCCAGGCCUGUAUAUAGCUACGUUGCCCUAUAGCCCCCAGGCCUGUAUAUAGCAACCCUGCCCUAUAGCCCCCAGAUCUGUAUAUAGCAACCUUGCCCUAAGCCCCCAGGCCUGUAUAUAGCAACCUUGCCCUAAGCCCCCAGGCCUGUAUAUAGCAACCUUGCCCUAUAGCCCCCAGGCCUGUAUAUAGCUACGUUGCCCUAUAGCCCCCAGGCCUGUAUAUAGCAACCUUGCCCUAUAGCCCCCAGGUCUGUAUAUAGCAACCUUGCCCUAAGCCCCCAGGCCUGUAUAUAGCAACCUUGCCCUAUAGCCCCCAGGCCUGUAUAUAGCAACCUUGCCCUAAGCCCCCAGGCCUGUAUAUAGCAACCUUGCCCUAUAGCCCCCAGGCCUGUAUAUAGCAACCUUGCCCUAUAGCCCCCAGGCCUAUAUAUAGCUACGUUGCCCUAAGCCCCCAGGCCUGUAUAUAGCAACCUUGCCCUAUAGCCCCCAGGCCUGUAUAUAGCAACCUUGCCCUAAGCCCCCAGGCCUGUAUAUAGCAACCUUGCCCUAAGCCCCCAGGGCUGGAUAUGAACAUUAAUAGUAACACACAGUCACUGGUCACUAGUCUGUAAGAGGCCUCUUUGUACUCUUUCUUUCAACUCAAUUCUCUCUCUAUCUCCUCUCUCUCUCACUCUCUCUUUUUCUCUGUCUCUCUCUCUCUCUGUCUCUCAAUUCAAUUCAAUUCAAAGGGCUUUAUUGCCAUGGGAAACAUAUGUUUCAUUGCCAAAACAAGUGAAAUAGAUAAACAAAAGUGAAAUAAACAAUAAAAAGUGAACAGUAAAUAUUACCCUCACACAAGUUCCAAAGGAAUAGAGACAUUUCAAAUGUCAUUAUGUCUAUAUACAGUGUUGUAACGAUGUGCAAAUAGUUAAAGUAAAAAUAAAUCAACAUAAAUAUGGGUUGUAUUUACAAAGGUGUUUGUUCUUCACUGGUUGCCCUUUUCUUGUGGCAACAGGUCACAAAUCUUGCUGCUGUGAUGGCACACUGUGGUAUUUCACCCAGUAGAUAAGGGAGUUUAUCAAAAUUGGAUUUAUUUUCGAAUUCUUUGUGGGUCUGUGUAAUCUGAGGGAAAUAUGUGUCUCUAUGGUCAUACAUUUGGCAGGAGGUUAGGAAGUGCAGCUCAGUUUCCACCUCAUUUUGUGGGCAGUGUGCACAUAGCCUGUCUUCUCUUGAGAGCCAGGUCUGCCUACGGCGGCCUUUUUCAAUAGCAAAGCUAUGCUCACUGAGUCUGUACAUAGUCAAAGCUUUCCUUAUGUUUGGGUCAGUCACAGUGGUCAGGUAUUCUGCCACUGUGUACUCUCUGUUUAGGGCCAAAUAGCAAUCUAGUUUGCUCUGUUUUUUUGUUAAUUAUUUUCAAUGUGUCAAGUAAUUACCUUUUUGUUUUCUCAUGAUUUGGUUGGGUCUAAUUAUGUUGUUGUCCUUGGGCUCUGUGGAGUCUGUUUGUGUUUGUGAACAUAGCCCCAGGACUAGCUUACUUAGGGGACUCUUCUCCAGGUUCAUCUCUCUGUAGGUGAUGGCUUUGUUAUGGAUAUUUUUGCAGAAUUCUGCAUGCAGAGUCUCAAUUUGGUGUUUGUCCCAUUUUGUGAAUUCUUGGUUGGUGAGCGGACCCCAGAAGGGCAAUGGGUUCUAUAACUGAUUCAAGUAUUUUUAGCCAGAUCCUAAUUGGUGUGUCGAAUUUUAUGUCCCUUUUGAUGGCGUAGAAGGCCCUCCUCCUUGCCUUGUCUCUCAGAUCGUUCACAGCUUUGUGGAAGUUACCAUGAUCUAUUAUUUUGUGGGCUGUGUGGGUUAUGACUAAUGGUGUCAGAUAAGGGUGUUAAAUGAUGUCAGAUAGUGUCCGAUGGUGUCAGAUGGUGGUAGAUGCUUACGCAAUCAUCCCUGUUUAACAUCAGUUCUAUUGGUGAGAACACACAGACUUUGGCACUGCCAUGUCCGAGGUCGGAAAAUGUGACCCUACUGUGUAUUACUAAUAGGUCUGAAGGUUUCAUAAGUACAUUUAUAGCAGAGCACUGCUCAAUUCCCUUUAAAAAAUUUUUUUUUAAUCAUACUGAUAUGCAUACUAUAGAUGCGCUAUCUUAACUUGACCCUGCUUCAUUUGAAUCCUGCGGCAACAGUAAAUGUGAAUUGUAUUUGUCUUGCAAGCUAGGCUUCUAUGCAUGUGUGAUUGUUGAAACGUCUUCCUAAUGCAGUCAGAGGAGGGUGCUAUGCUUCGACUGAGCGAAGUAACUAAGAGACCUUGGAUGCACGGUGUUGGCUACAACACAACUUCCUCUUGUUACUCAUUGCUAAAGAGAGAGAGAGAGAGUGAGACAGAGAAAUCUUUGACUAUGUACAGACUCAGUGAGCAUAGCCUUGCUAUUGAGAAAGGUCGACGUAGGCAGACCUGGUUCUCAAGAGAAGACAGGCUAUGUGCCAACUGCCCACAAAAUGAGGUGGAAACUGAGCUGCACUUCCUAACCUCCUGCCAAAUGUAUGACCAUAUUAGAGACACAUAUUUCCCUCAGAUUACACAGACACACAAAGAAUUCGAAAACAAAUCCAAUUUUGAUUGGCAAGAUUUGUGACCUGCUGCCAAAAGAACAAACACCAUUGUAAAUACAACCCAUAUUUAUGUUUAUUUAUUUUCCCUUUUGUACUUUAACUAUUUGCACAUCGUUACAACACUGUAAAUAUACAUAAUAUAACAUUUGAAAUGUCUCUAUUCCUUUGGAACUUUUGUGAGUUUAAUGUUAAUUGUUCAUUUUUAUUGUUUAUUUCACUUUUGUUUAUUAUCUACUUCACUUGCUUUGGCAAUGUUAACAUUUGUUUCCCAUGCCAAUAAAGCCCUUUGAAUUGUAUUGAAUAGAGAGAGAGCGAGCGAUAGAGAGAGAGAGAGAACCGGUGAGGACUGCUCACUGGAGAUGGGGCUAUGGCUCAUCCAUAUGUCUUGUAGAUCUGUGGAGUCAUGUAUCAAAGUCCUUCCUGUAAAACCUAGUAGAUCAGUGGAGCUGUUCUGUUGAUGCUAGUGAGCGGACCGUUGUCUGGCUCUGUCUGUCUGUCUGCAUGCACACAUGUAGCGUCGCUACAAACCCGGGUUCGAUCCCAGGCUGUGUCGCAGCCGGCCGUGACCGGGAGACCCAUGAGGUGGCGCACAAUUGGCCCAGCGUCGUCCGGGUUAGGGGAGGGUUUUGCCGGCUAGGAUGUCCUUAUCCCAUCGCGCUCUAGCGACUCCUUGUGGCGGGCCGGGCGCCGUGCACGCUGACUUCGGUCGCCAGUUGUACAGUGUUUCUUCCGACACAUUGGUGCCGCUGGCUUCCGGGUUAAGCGGAAGCUGUGUGGCUUGGCAGGGUCGUGUUUCGGAGGACGCACGGCUCUCGACCUUCACCUCUCCCGAGUCCGUACGGGAGUUGCAGCGAUGGGACAAGACUGUAACUACCAACUAGAUAUCACGAAAUAGGGGAGAAAAAGGGGUAAAAAAAACAAACAAAAAACAGAUCAAACAUAGAAACCACAUGUUUGACUCUGUUCCAUUUAUUCCACUCCAGACAUUACAAUGAGCCUGUCCUCCUAUAGCUCCCACCAGCCUCCACUGACACACACACAGACAGGCAGCUGUUUGUCUGCACCCUGCAGUAGUAGACUCUAGACUGGUUGUGGUGGAUGGAUGAUAUGUUGUGUUAGGGGCCUGGAGGCUGUAGAAACCAGAGAAGCUAUUACAGGAUAAAACAACAAGACAUGAAUACAAAUACACAAUACAACUUUAUUAAUCCCUGAGGGGCUGACAUCAAUACAAUACAACUUUAUUAAUCCCAGAGGGGCUGACAUCAAUACAAUACAAUUUUAUUAAUCCCAGAGGGGCUGACAUCAAUACAAUACAACUUUAUUAAUCCCAGAGGGGCUGACGUUAAUACAAUACAACUUUAUUAAUCCCAGAGGGGCUGACAGGGUGCUUCAGACAGGACAAACAUACCCUGCGCCUAUUGGUGGGGCACUUGAGACAGCGCAGGCGGCAUCCAAGGGGGAGCAGUUGGAACUGUGGGUUGAGGACAUGGGUGCUGUCCCCCAGGAUGGCAUGGGCUUUCCUCCUGGUCUGCUGCUCAAAGAAUGAAGCCAGACUUCUUCCCCGUGAUCUUAGAGCAGGUGUUCACAAUGGCUUGGAGGCGGUUCCUGUUCUUGACAGAGAGGCAUGUGAACCAGAAACACAGAACGCUCUCUCGUUGAAAGAACUGUAAAAGGUUUGCAAUAUUGAUUUGUGGACACUGAAUGAGUUCAGUUUCCUGAGGAAGCAUUAUCUCUGGUGGACUUUUUUGGACCGAGUUUGGGAAACGCUGGUUUAGAGAAUAAAAAGGAGGGUACACACCCUCGUAUGGUCCUAGUGCCCUAAGUAGUGCCCUUAGGGUCAAAAGUAGAGCACUAGGGAAUAGGGUACACUUUGGGAUGAAACCAAGGUGAAACCCAGCCAGCCAGGCUCUUGAGGUUAGAGGUUUUGGGCAGACUGUAUUAUUUACAACCUGUUAUGUCUGUAUGCUUAUUUAAUAUGCUCGUCUCAGCACACACACACACACACACACACACACACACACAUACAUACAUACACACAUACAUACAUACAUACACACACGCACGCACGCACGCACAUACACACACACACACACACACACACACACACCGGGCAGGAGAACUGUUGACACAGCGAUUGUGCUUGCCCACUUGGGCUUGUAUAAAGUUUUGUCAGUUGAUUAAUCCGUUGUGUCUGCGUGUAUGUGUGUGUGUGUGUGUGUGUGUUUGUUUGUGUGCCCUAGUUCACGGAGUUGUAAUGACUCAGUGUCUGUACAGGUUUAGAGCUGAGAGGCCUAGAAUAGUCCCCUGUAACACUCAGACUGUCUGUCUGUUAAAGAGUUGACCGAGUUGUAAUGACUCACUGUCUGUACCUCUCAUUCUUUAUGCGUGCUUUCCACAAGCAAGGCGAUGCAGAGUAGAACGUGGUGUUCUGCUAUGUUCUCUAACACUGACCCACUCCCUGUCAAUCUCUCCUCGUUACCCUGGUGUGUGAUAGUGUUAGUGUAAUGUUCUGUUAGUGUGAAGAAACGCCUUUGUCGGUCUAUUCAUCUGGUCAGACAGCACUGUACUGCACUGAACAACAACUAGAACACCCUCGACGCUACACUAUAAAAUGUGAUUGAUUGCCGGGCUUUCUGCAGUGAGAUGUGUGUAUGUUACAGUUUGGUUGUUAUCGUAAAAGGUAAAAAUGUGUGUAUCUUUUGUUUGUAGAAAUGCAGCUGCAUAAAGGGGGAAAAAACACACGUUUUCUUUCAAAAGGACACAGGUUUGAGGAAGUCAAUGUCAGCUCCCUCCCUCAUUUUCUUUCUCUCUCUCUCUCUCACUCUCUCUCUCUCUCUCUCUCUCUCUCUCUCUUCUCUCUCUAUCUCGCUCUCUCUGCUCGCUCUCGCUCUCUCUCUCUUCUCUCUCUCUCUCUCUCUCUCUCUCUCUCUCUCUCUCUCUCUCUCUCUCUCUCUCUCUCUCUCUCUCUCUCUCUCUCUCUCUCAGUUAAUUUACAUAAUUUCCAUUCAGUAUUGGCGGUUGAUGCUCGUACCGUUGCCUUAUUUGGUGCUGCUGGCUUGUUCAUUCAGUACCAUCAUGUCAACACAACAUACCAGGAUACUGCAUGCAGAGACACCAGAUUAUACCUAAAGAUUACCCACAGAUAGGCUAUAUGCACUAAGCCUAUACAAUACAGGGAUUACAUUAUAAUUGAAGCUUUUUAUUUUUAUACAGUUACAGUGAUCUGAUCUCACAUACAGCUGUGUGUUAGAAGGGAUACACACCUGCAGAUAGCAGGCAGGAGGAAGCAGAGGCUCCUGGGUAAUUAUCCCACACACUUCCUGUCCCCUGGUUUCUGUCUCAGCGGCAGUUAUAUUUACAUUUUAGUCAUUUAGCAGACGCUCUUACCCAGAGCGACUUACAGUGCAUUCAGAAAGUAUUCAGACCCCUUGACCUUUUCCACAUUUUGUUACGUUACAGCCUCAUUCUAAAAUGUAUUACAUUAUUUUUUUCCCCUCAUCAAUCUACACACAAUACCUCAUAAUGAUAAAGUGAAAACAGGUUUUUAGAAAAUGUUGCACAUUUAUUAAAAAAACUAAACAGAUACCUUAUUUACAUAAGUAUUCAGACCCUUUGCUAUGAGACUCGAAAUUGAGCUCAGGUGCAUCCUGUUUCCAUUGAUCAUCCUUGAUGUUUCUACAACUUGAUUGGAGUCCACCUGUGGUAAAUUCAAUUGAUUGGACAUGAUUUGGAAAGGCACACACCUGUCUAUAUAAGGACCCACAAUUGACAGUGCAUGUCAGAGCAAAAACCAAGCCAUGAGGUCGAAGGAAUUGUCCGUAGAGCUCCGAGACAUGUUUGUGUCGAGGCACAGAUCUGGGGAAGGGUACCAAAACAUUUCUGCAUCAUUGAAGGUCCCCAAGAACACAGUGGCCUCCAUCAUACUUAAAUGGAAGAAGUUUGGAACCAUCAAGACUCUUCCUAGAGCUGGCUGCCUGAGCAAUCGGGGGAGAAGGGCCUUGGUCAGGAAGGUGACCAAGAACCCGAUAGUCACUCUGACAGAGCUCCAGAGUUCCUCUGUGGAGAUGGGAGAACCUUCCAGAAGGACAACCAUCUCUGCAGCACUCCACCAAUCAGGCCUUUAUGGUAGAGUGUCCAGACGGAAGCCACUCCUCAGUAAAAGGCACAUGAUAGCCCGCUUGGAGUUUGCCAAAUGGCACCUAAAGGACUCAGACAAUGAGAAACAAGAUUCUAUGGUCUGAUGAAACCAAGAUUGAACUCUUUGGCCUGAAUGCCAAGCGUCAGGUCUGGAGGAAACCUGGCACCAUCCCUACGGUGAAGCAUGGUGGUGGCAGCAUCAUGCUGUGGGGAUGUUUUUCAGCGGCAGGGACUGGGAGAGUAGUCAGGAUCGAGGGAAAGAUGAACGGAGCAAAGUACAUAGAGGACAACAACCCUAAGCACAAAGGCAACACAACGCAGGAGUGGCUUCGGGACAAGUCUCUGCAUGUCCUUGAGUGGCCCAGCCAGAGCCCGGACUUGAACCUGAUCAAACAUCUCUGGAGAGACCUGAAAAUAGCUGUGCAGAGACUCUCCCCAUCCAAGCUGACAGAGUUUGAGAGGAUCUGCAGAGAAGAAUGGGAGAAAACUCCCCAAAUACAGGUGUGCCAAGCUUGUAGCGUCAUACCCAAGAAGACUCGAGCUGUAAUCGCUGCCAAAGGUACUUCAACAAAGUACUGAGUAAAGGGUCUGAAUACUUAUGUAAAUGUGAUAUUUCCGUUUUUUAUUUGUAAUACAUUUGCAAGAAAUUAUAAAAACCUGUUUUUGCUUUGUCAUUAUGGGGUAUUGUGUGUAGAUUUAUGAGGGGGAAAAAAAACGAUUUAAUCAAUUUUAAUAAGGCUGUAACGUAACAAAAUAAAAACUCAAGGGGUCUGAAUACUUUCCGAAUGCACUGCAUAUUAGUGCAUUCAUCUUAAGAUGGUUAGGUGAGACAACACUGCGUGUCUGUGUGUGUGUGUCUGUGUUUUCUCUCCAUCACUGAUGUCAUUUAGGCUCGAACAUAUUAACUUGACCCCACUCUCUCCACCCCAUCUCUCACGCACAGCCCACCCCACAUAGCAACCCCGCACCCCACGACAACACGAAAACGAACCCCCCAACGGAAAAAAGAUCCAACCUACACACGACCUCUCAAUCGACAUCAACUCUCCCUCCUGCCCUCUCUCCCUCCCUCUCACCCUCUCUAUCUCUCCCCCUUCUCUCCAUCUUCCCCCUCCCUCGCUCCCCACUCUCUCUCCCUCGAUCCCUCUCUUCUUCCUCUCCCUCUCUAUUUCCCUCUCUCAUUAUUCCCCCUCGCUUCUAUCUUCUCUAUCUCUUCCCCCCCCCCCCCCUCUCUCUCAGCCUUAUGCCUUAGAGUUGACGUGUUAUUUGCAUGGCGUGAGCAGCGACAUUUGAACAUGUAAAGAGCUUGAGUUUGUGUCUAUAGAAGGUCAUGCCUCUGCCACAUCAUUCUCUCACAUAUUCUUUCCUGUUUGUUGAGUUAAGAGUGUAAACAUUAGCUCAAUGUUUUGUAAAUAAGGCAAUGAGGUUAUGACAUAGGGCCACCUAAUUUGUUUACACUCUAGGCAGAAUGUUAACACACACACACACACACACACACUCUCCUAGUCACCUCCUGUGUUUGCUGAGGUCACCGUGUGUCUCUGAGCAGGAAGGGACUCCAUGAUGUUAGCUGGUACUUCCUCUUGAUAUAGAUAGCCCAAUAGGAGGUCCCUUCUCUGAAUAGGUCCUUAACCACCUGUUUGAGAGACUGUUUGUGUGUGUAUGACUGAUUAGACUUUCUCUUAGGGACUUGCGUACAGGCCUCUAAACGUUCCUACUUCCUUUACACCAUCUAAGGCCUUCUGCAGAUUUCCCCUACUUCCCCUCAAGGUUGUUCUGUGUUCUCAUCUAGAUCACUAGUGUCCUAGUGAUCUAGAUACUCUGUAAGUCUUAUUCAGAUAGGAUUUACCAUAGUAAUUUUAUUUACUGAAGAAUACUUUCAUUUGGUUAGUACUGACUGUGGUUACCCAACAGUCUUACUCUCCUAAAAGCUGUUUCAGUUUUAGCAGUUGGAUUGACUAACUCCCUCCCCUCUCUCUCCCUCCAUCAGAAAUGGAAGAAGAACUGGUUUGUCCUCUACCCAGCCAGUCAAAACGGCAUCGCUCGCCUAGAGUUCUACGACUGCUCAGGGGGCGGGGCCAGCGACAAACCCAACACCAAGAAACUAGACAAGAAGGUAGGUUCAAAAUCCCUGGUCGGACGGAGGGUUCUAGGUUCAAAUCCCUGGUCAGACGUAGGGCUGGGCGAUAUAUCGAAUUAAUUUGAUUCAUUUGAAUUUAUGUUUUUUGCGCGAUAUUCCAAAUGCCUGUAUCGCAAGAAUCAAGGUUUUGUUAUUUUUAGUGUUUAUGAGCGUUUAUGUCCGCUUGUUCUCAUGUUGUCUUUUUGGUCUCGUCUCUGUCGCUCCUCUGUGCUGUGUGCACCUUCCCCAUUUACACCAGAGAUCUGAAUAUAAUGAAGAGAUGUACGUCUCUGCCCUGACAAUGGGAGUCGCUGUCCCAAAGGCGAGAAGGCAGGCGACAAGCUUAGGUCCAAAAUAAGCACAUAGAAACGCAUUGGGCUUCUUUUGGACAGAUUUUAGCGAGAGUGAAACCUCUUGCGUCACCUCUUCCUCUAUGGUUUACACACACACCAAGCCCCUCCCCCUGCCUCUCACGCCAACAACGUUGGGAGAUCACAUCAACUCUCUUUGCAUUUGAGGUUUGGUCCAACAGAAUCGGUCAUAUGGACACCAAACACAUUGAGACUUUAUUUUACUGUAAUAGAGAAGAAGUUAACUUUUCUAACGAUACCCUUUUAAUGUCUCAACUACUCAAAUUGCACGCAGAACAGACACUACUAAGCAAGAGUAUCAACGAACAUUGAUUCUAGAAAAUGAAUGCUCAGUUUGUAGUCGAGAGGCAUUGGGGUACCACUGUUAUUACCUGUCUAGUCUGUGUUUUAUAAAUGUACAAUAAGCAUAAAACACAAUUAUAUAACUUGUUCUCAUUUUGAGAAAUAAGGUAGGCCACUUGAUUUCGACAUCUGAACAAAGUAGACAGGCUUUUCAAACAGUUGGAGACAGACAGAAGGGUGUGUUCAUAACAAUUCAACUGUUCAACCUUGUUAGCUAGCAAAUAUAAUCAAGUUGGGUUGAAAUAUAAAGAUUAGCUGGCUAAUCACUAGCACGUGUUAAUUUUCUACAGCCUAAUGCCUUCUACAAGAAGUUAGUCAUUAUUAGUGAAUGUGCAUUAUGCAUGGUUCUAGUUAAAUUGUAACAAAAAAGGGCAUUUUCAUAUACAGACUUGAAAGCCAGGUCAGUGAUUAUUGCAAAAAAAAAGCAGGUUAAACUAUUUUGAUAAAAUAAUUAAUUAAAUUAUUAGUGGGUCUUAAGGUUGUGGAAGGCUUAUAUUUAGCCUAGGUAUAAUUCUAUAAGCCCUGAAUUCAUUAGAUUAUUGCUGACUGUUUGAAAUGCAGUGUAUUGGACCUUUAAUUAUACAACAACGCAUAUUUAGAGAUUUUUUUUUUUUGGGGGAUAUAUAUAUCGUGAAUCGCCCAUAAGUUUGAAAAAAUGUACAGUGAGGGAAAAAAGUAUUUGAUCCCCUGCUGAUUUUGUACGUUUGCCCGCUGACAAAGACAUGAUCAGUCUAUAAUUUUAAUUGUAGGUUUAUUUGAACAGUGAGAGACAGAAUAACAACAAAGAAAUCCAGAAAAACUUAUGUCAAAAAUGUUAUAAAUUGAUUUGCAUUUUAAUGAGGGAAAUAAGUAUUUGACCCCUCUGCAAAACAUGACUUAGUACUUGGUGGCAAAACCCUUGUUGGCAAUCAAAGAGGUCAGACGUUUCUUGUAGUUGGCCACCAGGGUUGCACACAUCUCAGGAGGGAUUUUGUUCCACUCCUCUUUGCAGAUCUUCUCCAAGUUAUUAAGGUUUUGAGGCUGACGUUUGGCAACUCGAACCUUCAGCUCCCUUCACAGAUUUUAUAUGGGAUUAAGGUCUGGAGACUGGCUAGGCCACUCCAGGUCCUUAAUGUGCUUCUUCUUGAGCCACUCCUUUGUUGCCUUGGCCGUGUGUUUUGGUUCAUUGUCAUGCUGGAAUACCCAUCCACGACCCAUUUUCAAUGCCCUGGCUGAGGGAAGGAGGUUCUCACCCAAGAUUUGACGGUACUUGGCCCCGUCCAUCGUCCCUUUGAUGCGGUGAAGUUGUCCUGUCCCCUUAGCAGAAAAACACCCCCAAAGCAUAAUGUUUCCACCUCCAUGUUUGACGGUGGGGAUGGUGUUCUUGGGGUCAUAGGCAGCAUUCCUCCUCCUCCAAACACGCCGAGUUGAGUUGAUGCCAAAGAGCUAGAUUUUGGUCUCAUCUGACCACAACACUGUCACCCAGUUCUCCUCUGAAUCAUUCAGAUGUUCAUUGGCAAACUUCAGACGGCCCUCUAUAUGUGCUUUCUUGAGCAUGGGGACCUUGCGGGCGCUGCAGGUUUUCAGUCCUUCACGGCGUAUUGUGUUACCAAUUGUUUUUUUGGUGACGUUGGUCCCAGCUGCCUUGAGAUCAUUGACAAGAUCCUCCCGUGUAGUUCUGGGCUGAUUCUACACCGUUCUCAUGAUCAUUGCAACUCCACGAGGUGAGAUCUUGCAUGGAGCCCCAGGCCGAGGGAGAUUGACAGUUAUUUUGUGUUUCUUCCAUUUGCGAAUAAUCGUACCAACUAUUGUCACCUUCUCACCAAGCUGCUUGGCGAUGGUCUUGUAGCCCAUUCCAGCCUUGUGUAGGUCUACAAUCUUGUCCCUGACAUCCUUGGAGAGCUCUUUGGUCUUGGCCAUGGUGGAGAGUUUGGAAUCUGAUUGAUUGAUUGCUUUUGUGGACAGGUGUCUUUUAUACAGGGGGGUUGAAAUAAUUCAUUUUUCUGUCCCAAAGACAAUAUGAAAUGAAUAAUAAUCUCUCUAUCUCUCUCUCCCCCCACUCUGUCCCUCCUCAGAUUAUCCGUCUAUCAGAUUGUAUCUCCAUCCUCCCUUCCCUCACUGAAGCCUGUCCCAAAGACAAUAUGUCCGCCUUUUGUGUGGAGACCAACGACAAGACUCAUGUGCUCGCUGCAGAGAGAAGCGUCAGCACGGAGUGGGUGGAGAAGAUGUGUGAGAUCGCCUUUGGGGUAUGGAGUGAAGAAACUCUUUGGUCUCUCUCUCUCUCUCUCUCUCUCUCUCCCUCUCCGUCUCUCUCUCUCUCUCUUCUCUCUCUCUCUCUCUCCCUCUCCGUCUCUCUCUCUCUCUCCCUCUCCGUCUCUCUCCCUCUCUCUCUCUCUCUCUCUCUCUCUCUCUCUCUCUCUCUCUCUCCGUCUCUCUCUCUCUCUCUCUCUCUCGUCUCUCUCUCUCUCUGUUUCUGCCUGUCUGUAUGUCUCUUUAUUAUUAUUUUAUCAAAAAUAAUAAUUUUUUUCCAACAGACACUGGUGUUCCUGUAGCUCUGCCCCUCUCAAAGCUAUGUGGGUUUUCAGUACCAUAUACUGAGGUCACUUCCUUAGGCCUUCUAGUCAUCUAGCCUUUUAGCCUUUUCGCUUUCUAGCAUUGUAGCGUUCCCACCCACCCCUUGAGUAUAGGGUGUAGGCUGGAUAUCAGUUAGAGAUGUUCACACGCACUGAGGAGGAAAGAAACAGAGGGAAUUUCCAAAGGGAAGAUUCUCUUUAGACAUCGUGGGAGUUUAGAUUCCCUCACUCAGUGUGUGUGUCUCUCUCUCUCUGUAUAUGUCUCUCUCUCCCUUUCUCUCUCUGUAUCUGUCUCUCCCUUUCUCUCUCUGUAUCUGUCUCCCUUUCUCUCUCUGUAUCUGUCUCUCUCUCCCUUUCUCUCUCUCUCCCUUUCUCUCUCUGUAUCUGUCUCCCUUUCUCUCUCUGUAUCUCUCUCCCUUUCUCUCUCUGUAUCUGUCUCCCUUUCUCUCUCUGUAUCUGUCUCUCUUCCUUUUCUCUCUCUUUCUUCUCGUUCCUUUAUCUCUCUGUUUCUCUCUCUCUCUAUGUCUCUCUCUUUCUCCUCUGUAUCUUUCUUCUCCUCCCCUUCUCUCUCUGUAUCCUCUCCCUUUCUCUCUUCUUGUAUCUGUCUCUCUCUCACUUUUCUCUCUUAUCUGUUCUCCUUUCUCUCUCUGUAUCUGUCUCUCUCUCCUUUCUCUCUGUAUCUGUCUCUCCCUUUCUCUCUCUGUAUCUGUCUCCCUUUCUCUCUCUGUAUCGUCUUUCCAUUUCUUCUUCCUUUUCAUCUAUUAAUCGUACUCCCAUUUUCUUCUGUAUGUCUCUCUCUUCCUUCUCUCCCUCUCUCUCUCCCUUUUCUCUCGUCUCUCUCCCUUUCUCUCUCUGUAUCUGUCUCACUUCUACUGUAUGUUCUUCUCCCUUGAUCUCCUACAUCCAAUCUCUCUAAUGUAUAUGUCUCCUUUCUCUCGUAUCGUUCUCUCUCCUUCUCUCCCUCUAUCCUUCACUUUCAUCUGUAUCUACUCUGCUCCCCUUCUAUCUGUCUCAUCUGUUCCCUAUUCUCAUCUUGUAAGUUGUAAAUGUGUGAACAGUAGGUUCUUAUGUGAGCGAAUUAGCAAUACUAAUCAAUUAAUCAUUUCUCCCCCCCCCCCUCUCCAUCUCUCAGGGGGUUAGUGGUAGCAGCAGUAGUGUGUCUGACUCUAACGGAAAGACUAAUCUAGAGAUGGCUGAGAAUCUCAUCUAUUACAGCCGAGAAGAGGGUAAAUACACACACACACACACACACACACACACACACACACACACACACACACACACACACACACACACACACACACACACACACACACACACACACACACACACACACACACACAACACACACACACACACACACACACACACACACACACACACACACACACACACACACACACACACACACACACACACACACACACACACACACACACACACACACACACACACACACACACACUGCCACUAAUACCCCUUGAGUUUUGUGAGUGCAUUGAGCCUGUAAAAAAACACUUUUGAAAACCUUGAUUAUGGACUAAUCAUUCCUUAGCAACGUUCAUAUCAACAAGACUCUCUGGAGACAAGGCGUCCAUUUUGUCAGGAUUAGCUUUCUUAAUCAAAUCACCUGUGUCGAAGUUGUCAACACAGCCCCCCACUUCCACAGACACUGGACAGUGAGAGUCUGUCUGCUGACAUAUAUAUUUAUAUGGAGAAGCUGGGGGAAGGUACAGAAUUUCAAGGUUUUAUUAUUAUUAAUUAGGUUGUCUUGUACACGUUCCCAGCUAAAAGCUGAAUUACAGUAUACAGACAAAAACAAAGAAGAAGAAGAAGAAAAUAUGGAGAAUGAAGUCUUAAAGUUCUGUUGAGAGGGGAAAGCAGGGUUGUACAGCGUUCAUCGUUAUGGUGAUGCAACAAACUGCCACAAACUGUCACUUUCUGUUAAAGGCUGACUGACAAACUAAAAGGCCAAGGUUAAAAAAAGGAAAACGUAUUUUAAACCACAAGCUAGACCAGAAUAGUUGUAUUGUAAUUUAUUGUAACCCCUCACCUCCCUCUCUCUCUCGCUCUCUCCUCCUCCAUCCUCCCCCCUCUCUCUCUCUCUCCCCCUCUACAGUGAAUGAGUUCUGGGUGAGUGUGCAGAGGACAGAGGCCUCAGAGCGUUGUGGUCUGUUGGGAACCUACUGGCUGAAGGCCGACAAUGACAGUCUCAUACUGAAGGAGUCCAAGACCAAGAGCAGUCUACUGAUCUGGCCCUACAAACUACUGAGGAGAUACGGACGAGACAGGGUGGGUUUAUAUACACACACACACCAGGGUUUCCGUUAGGAAAAUGUGGCGCCCGACAACGUGACCGGAAAGAUUUUUUAAUUUGCCGGCCAUUUGAGAAAUGUACCUGACCCAUAUGCAUUGGGUGGGGAACCCAUUAGGGCGUCCAUCCACGGUGCUCAGAAUGACAGAAAUCACAUUUACAUUAUGGUAAUUCAUAUUAACAGAACAUACAACUCCUGUAAUGAAGCAGCCAAUAAAACGCCAUUUUCAUUCAAUUUGCCAAAAUACAAUUCGCGGGAAAACAGCGCACCUGGGAAAACACCAUUCUAAACAGCGCACCUGAUGCGAGCAGUAUAUGACCGAGACGAAUCUAGGGUGAAUCUAAAGAUGCAACGACUAGGAUUGGUUUGCUAAUAUGACUCGGAUUGUGCCUUUGGCUUCUGGACAACGAAAGAAAGUUGAAAUGAAAACCAACAGAACAGGAGAUAAAUGGCAUAUGAGGAAGUCUUUCAUAGACAGCGUGCUGACAAAAGGCCUAGCUGAUUAUCGAGUUGCGGCUGUCAGUGAAAAGCAUAAAAAAUAAGUGUGAAGAUAAUGUGUCUUGAGUAUAAUUUAAAAUGUUGAGACAAGAAGGGGAGUGGUGUGUGGCGAAGAUAGCCUAUAGGUGCGUCUCUCUCCAGAAUGCAUGGGCUCAGCUCUCCAGAAUGCAUGGGCUCAGCUCUCCAGAAUGCAUGGGCUCAGCUCUCCAGAAUGCAUGGGCUCAGCUCUCCAGAAUGCAUGGGCUCAGCUCUCCAGGAUGCAUGGGCUCAGCUCUCCAGAAUGCAUGGGCUCAGCUCUCCAGAAUGCAUGGGCUCAGCUCUCCAGAAUGCAUGGGCUCAGCUCUCCAGAAUGCAUGGGCUCAGCUCUCCAGAAUGCAUGGGCUCAGCUCUCCAGAAUGCAUGGGCUCAGCUCUCCAGAAUGCAUGGGCUCAGCUCUCCAGAAUGCAUGGGCUCAGCUCUCCAGAAUGCAUGGGCUCAGCUCUCCAGAAUGCAUGGGCUCAGCUCUCCAGAAUGAUGGGCUCAGCUCUCCAGGAUGCAUGGGCUCAGCUCUCCAGGAAUGCAUGGGCUCAAUCAUGGCUCAGCUCUCCAGAAUGCAUGGGCUCAGCUCUCCAGAAUGCAUGGGCUCAGCUCUCCAGAAUGCAUGGGCUCAGCUCUCCAGAAUGCAUGGGCUCAGCUCUCCAGAAUGCAUGGGCUCAGCUCUCCAGAAUGCAUGGGCUCAGCUCUCCAGAAUGCAUGGGCUCAGCUCUCCAGAAUGCAUGGGCUCAGCUCUCCAGAAUGCAUGGGCUCAGCUCUCCAGGAUGCAUGGGCUCAGCUCUCCAGAAUGCAUGGGCUCAGCUCUCCAGAAUGCAUGGGCUCAGCUCUCCAGAAUGCAUGGGCUCAGCUCUCCAGAAUGCACUCAGCUGUUUCCUGCCAAUUUUUGCGCAUUCAUUGUUUUCAUUGUGUGAAUUGUUUGCUCUUUGAAAGUUUUUUUUAUUUUAUUUUUUAAAAGGACUAGUUUCACCAUAUUAAAACGAGGUCAGUUCGCGUACAGGGUUGACAUUAGAAUCAGGUACAGACGUAAAUGAAUCACUAAUUAAAUUAAAUAAAUAACAAUCUUCACAACGGACUUUGUCAAAGCAACAAAAUAACUAGGGCUUUACAAUGAAGGUGAAACGUGGAAAAAAUGUGGGAUUAAGUGGGUUAAAAUCUUCCUAGAAGUGACACAGGGUUGCUGAAAUUUGGCACUAUAGCAAGCCUUUAUUCAUAUAAAAAUCGGAUUGAUUUAAUGUAAAUGAGGGAUACGAAGUAAAAAAAACAACUAAUUUUAUCAAUAUAAGAUAUUUAGGCUUGCUUAGAUGCAGUGGAACAUGGCAGUGUUGCUAUCGUUUGUACUACUUUUUUGUUGUUGUUGUAAUGUCGAAAUAUACAUGUUUCCAACCCCCCAUAUCGCACACUCACAAACUGUAAAUAUAUUGUAAAUGUUUUAAUGUACUGUAUUAUCAAUUGGAGAAAGAAAGUAUGUCAGUAAUUUGUCCACUGUAUAUAUACGAAUCGCACAAAGUUGGUUCCUGUUUCAGUCUAGCAGCUGAUAGCUGCAGCAUGAAGCUGGUGAAGAGCAACUUGCAGUCAAAACUUCAUGACCUUUGAUCACAUGGUUUUUGUAAAGUUCAUGCAGUCAUCAUGUAGACUUAUGUCAGACAAUAUUUAUCCCCAUAAUGCAACACACUUUGGAAGACAGUGACCAACGAUGGCAACCGACUUCACAAAAGUGAUCCGCUGGAACGCGCCCAGAGAGUGGGGUGCUAAAUAAGGUCUGUGGUUUCAGAACAGAUACAGCUACCUAGGGUUAUUACUAUUAUCACUACCUGGGGUUAUUAAUAUUACCACUACGUAUUAAUAUUACCACUACCUGGGGUUAUUCCUAUUACCACUACCUGGGAUUAUUCCUAAUACCACUACCUGGGGUUAUUCCUAAUACCACUACCUGGGGUUAUUCCUAAUACCACUACCUGGGGUUAUUCCUAUUACCACUACCUGGGGUUAUUACUGUUACCACUACCUGGGGUUAUUACUAAUACCACUACCUGGGAUUAUUCCUAAUACCACUACCUGGGGUUAUUCCUAAUACCACUACCUGGGGUUAUUCCUAAUACCACUACCUGGGGUUAUUACUGUUACCACUACCUGGGGUUAUUACCACUACCUAUUAAUAUUACCACUACCUGGGGUUAUUCCUAUUACCACUACCUGGGGUUAUUCCUAAUACCACUACCUGGGGUUAUUACUAUUACCACUACCUGGGGUUAUUACUAUUACCACUACCUGGGGUUAUUACUAUUACCACUACCUGGGGUUUUAAUAUUACCACUACCUGGGUUUAUUCCUAAUACCACUACUGGGGUUAUUACUAAUACCACUACCUGGGGUUAUUACUAUUACCACUACAUGGGGUUAUUAAUAUUACCACUACCUGGGGUUAUUCCUAAUACCACUACCUGGGGUUAUUACUAUUACCACUACCUGGGGUUAUUACUAUUACCACUACCUGGGGUUAUUACUAUUACCACUACCUGGGGUUAUUACUAAUACCACUACCUGGGGUUAUUCCUAUUACCACUACCUGGGGUUAUUCCUAUUACCACUACCUGGGGUUAUUCCUAUUACCACUACCUGGGGUUAUUACUGUUACCACUACCUGGGGUUAUUCCUAAUACCACUACCUGGGGUUAUUCCUAAUACCACUACCUGGGGUUAUUCCUAAUACCACUACCUGGGGUUAUUACUAUUACCACUACCUGGGGUUAUUACUGUUACCACUACCUGGGGUUAUUACUAAUACCACUACCUGGGGUUAUUCCUAAUACCACUACCUGGGGUUAUUCCUAAUACCACUACCUGGGGUUAUUCCUAAUACCACUACCUGGGGUUAUUACUGUUACCACUACCUGGGGUUAUUACUAUUACCACCACCUGGGGUUAUUACUAAUACCACUACCUGGGGUUAUUCCUAAUACCACUACCUGGGGUUAUUACUAUUACCACUACCUGGGGUUAUUACUGUUACCACUACCUGGGGUUAUUACUGUUACCACUACCUGGGGUUAUUACUGUUACCACUACCUGGGGUUAUUACUAUUACCACUACCUGGGGUUAUUACUAUUACCACUACCUGGGGUUAUUACUGUUACCACUACCUGUGGUUAUUACUGUUACCACUACCUGGGGUUAUUACUAUUACCACUACCUGGGGUUAUUACUGUUACCACUACCUGGGGUUAUUCCUAUUACCACUACCUGGGGUUAUUACUAAUACCACUACCUGGGGUUAUUCCUAUUACCACUACCUGGGGUUAUUACUAUUACCACUACCUGGGGUUAUUACUAUUACCACUACCUGGGGUUAUUACUAAUACCACUACCUGGGGUUAUUACUAAUACCACUACCUGGGGUUAUUACUAUUACCACUACCUGGGGUUAUUACUAUUACCACUACCUGGGGUUAUUACUAUUAUCACUACCUGGGGUUAUUCCUAUUACCACUACCUGGGGUUAUUACUAUUAUCACUACCUGGGGUUAUUACUAUUACCACUACCUGGGGUUAUUACUUUACCACCACCUGGGGUUAUUACUAUAUCCACACCUGGGGUUAUUACUAUUACCACUACCUGGGGUUAUUACUGUUACAUACCUGGGGUUAUUACUAAUACCACUACCUGGGGUUUUCCUAUCCACUACCGGGUUAUACUAUACCACACCUGGGGUUAUUACUAUUACCACACCUGGGGUUAUUACUAACCACUACCUGGGGUUAUUCUAAUACCACUACCUGGGGUUAUUCCUAAUACCACUACCUGGGGUUAUUCUAAUACCACUACCUGGGGUACUACUAUACCAUUACCUGGGUUAUACGUUACCACUACCUGGGGUUAUUACUAAUACCACUACCUGGGGUUAUACUAAUACCAUACCUGGGGUUAUUACUAUUACCACCACCUGGGGUUAUUACUAAUACCACCACCUGGGGUUAUUACUGUUACCACUACCUGGGGUUAUUACUAAUACCACUACCUGGGGUUAUUACUAAUACAACUACCUGGGGUUAUUACUAUUACCACUACCUGGGGUUAUUACUGUUACCACUACCUGGGGUUAUUACUGUUACCACCACCUGGGGUUAUUACUAAUACCACCACCUGGGGUUAUUACUGUUACCACUACCUGGGGUUAUUACUAAUACCACUACCUGGGGUUAUUCCUAAUACCACUACCUGGGGUUAUUCCUAUUACCACCACCUGGGGUUAUUACUAUUACCACUACCUGGGGUUAUUACUAUUACCACUACCUGGGGUUAUUACUAAUACCACUACCUGGGGUUAUUACUAAUACCACUACCUGGGGUUAUUACUAUUACCACUACCUGGGGUUAUUACUAUUACCACUACCUGGGGUUAUUACUAUUACCACUACCUGGGGUUAUUACUAUACCACUACCUGGGGUUUUAUUACUAAUACCACUACCUGGGGUUAUUACUAUUACCACUACCUGGGGUUAUUAAUAUUACCACUUACCUGGGGUUAUUAACUAUUACCACUACCUUGGGUUAUUACUGGUUACCACUACCUGGGGGUUUAUUGCUGUUACCACUACCUGGGGUUAUUACUAUUACCACUACCUGGGGUUAUUACUAUUGCCACUACCUGGGGUUAUUACUAUUACCACUACCUGGGGUUAUUACUGUUACCACUACCUGGGGUUAUUACUGUUACCACUACCUUGGGUUAUUCCUAAUACCACUACCUGGGGUUAUUACUAUUACCACUACCUGGGGUUAUUACUAUUACCACUACCUGGGGUUAUUACUAUUACCACUACCUGGGGUUAUUACUAUUACCACUACCUGGGGUUAUUACUAAUACCACUACCUGUGGGUUUUACUACAUAACCAUGACAAUGACCUGCUUUCUUUUCAGUCAGUGGCUUGAGAGAUGCUUUUUAGGAGCUGGGGGUUGUUGUCAUGGGGAUGACCCAGGCUGAUGUUUUGUUUAUAUUGUCUGAUGUCUAAUGAAUCAUAUCACUUUCAAAAUACAAGUCCACAGAGUAGAGACAAUAACACUGAGGCGUUAUACAUUAUCUUCAAAAUAAAACGAAAGCUUGUUUGUCCCUCCUUUCUGACCUCUAGAAUGUAGAUUAUGUUGUAUAACAUUGUUUUGUUUUUUUGUUUUCAGGUGAUGUUUUCGUUCGAGGCGGGGCGGCGCUGUGAGUCUGGUCCGGGGAACUUCAACUUCGAGACCAAACAGGGUAACGAGAUCUUCCUCAUAGUGGAGCAGGCCAUCCAAUCACAGAAAGCCCUGGCCGAGGAGUGCAAUCUCAGCUACCAUUUAAGCAGCCUCGAAUACGACCCUAGCCCUGCCCUCAUGCAGCAACGCAACGCCGUGGCAACGGGCGGUGGCUUGGUAGUCGACAGCAACAGCAGUAACCGGGAUCUGGAUGGGGAUUCCAGUUCCGGAGGGAGUAAGCCUGGAUCAGCCGACGGAGUGUUCGGGAGGAGGGAGGGAGAUGGAGGGAAGAGCCAAAAUCAGAACCAAAAAGGGAGGAGUUUACCAGAGCCACCGCCGUUGGUGAUAGGAGUGGGCGGGACGCCCCCACGCUCGCCCAUGACUCGAGGAGGUUCGUCUCAUCAUGUUUAGUGUACUUUUAGAAUCAUACUCAUUUUAAUGUGACUUUGGGGGUUUUGAAAAGCGCCUAAAAUUAGAUGUAUUAUUAUAAUUAUAAUUAGGAGGAGGAAGCUGUGAUCUGAUUAUUGUAUUUGGAUUGUAAACAUUUGAUGUUUUUGCUAUCUUGUUUUAAGUACUUUGAUUGUUGUCUUUUUUCGUGACUAUGUGUGCAUGCUGACGACUGACAAACCAAUUUAAUAUUGAUUAAUAAAGUAUUUGUCGUCUUAGGUAAAGGAGUAGGAGCGCCCCCGUCUCAAGAGGAACAGGGUAGUGUGUACUCUGAACCCGCUGACUCUGUCCGCGUCUCCUCUCUCUCUGCCGGUGACUGUCUCUACUCUGACCCUGUUGAUACUAUCAAGACACUGACCCCCAACCCCCCAAACCUUCCCAUCCCCACCCCCCGACUCCGACCCCUCGGUGACGAGGGAGGUCGAAACCAUAGCAACAACCAGCCUGAUCCCCUCUAUUCAGACCUCUAUGAUCAGAUCGGUUUGGAUCUGAUACAGAAGAUGGGUGUUAUGGGGCUGGAGGAAGGAGGACGAAGAGGAGGGAGAGGAGGAGGAGGGGGAGGCGGUAACAUGCGUUCGCUCGGGGGACAGGCGGAAAAAGCAUCGUCAUCGUCACUCACCGACACCGAACACAUCUAUGAUGAACCAGAGGGCCGAGCAGGAGGUGGUGUUUCGGGAAUGGGAAUAGACAGCCCUCCUCCUCAGCCCCACGACGGGCUCUACAACCUGGCUACGGACAGCUACGCAGUCCCCUCCUACGGAAAACAAUCACAGCCUCCCCUCGUCAUCAGAGGACCAGGGGGCUCCAAAUGGCCACCCAAGCCUGUUACCACCCCCAAGCCCAAAAAGGCUGCUCUUCCUCGGAAGGAUCCCGUGCCUCUGCCCCUGGGGAAGGCUGGGCCUGGAGGUCCAACUAACCUGAACAAUAAUAACAGUAGCGGAGGCUUUGGGAUUGGAGGAGGGGCUGGGGGUGUAGUUGGUGGAGGAGGGGGGGGAGACAGGGCCGGGGGUGUAGUUGGUGGAGGGGGGGGAGACAGGGCCGGGGGUGUAGGUGGGGAAGGAGGAGGGGAAGGGAGGCACACACAGCUGUACAGUAAGGUGUCGAGGCACAAGCCCCCUCCCAUUCCCUGGUACCCCCAUACCGGCCUGCGAUCCCCUGAUAUCAUCUAUGACAAUCUUGGAGACAUUUAAGCCCCUUAACAGGACUGGAGGGUUGUAUUCAUUAGGCGCCAAAUGAAAGAAAACGGACUGAAACAGUGAGGACAACCUGGACUUGUCCCAUAAGAAACUCAAUUUUGAACACGACCCAGGAGAUUGAAAAAGUGGUGGCUUGAUCUCGAUCUUCUCCUGUUGCAUCUUGGGACAUGUUGUUCAGGGAAGACACAGACCAUGGUGGCAGGCAAAGCUAACCAAGAGGACAUGGGAUGUGUGUGUGUGUGUGUGUGUGUGUGUGUGUGUGUGUCUGUGGAAAUUUUGGUCAAACAAAGAAAGUUAGCCAACAAAAACCUCCUUGUGGUUAAGCAUACAGAGACUCAGGCUGUGUCCCAAAUGACACCCUAUUCCCUAUAUAGUGCACUACUUUUGACCAGAGGCCCUAUAAACCCUUGUCAAAAGUAGUGCACUAUAUAGGGAAUAGGGUGUCAUUUGGGAAGCACACUCAGAAGUGGGAGAUACUUACGUGGCUUGCAGCAAAUGUAGUUUUCUGCGUGUCAGUGGGAGACGUGUGUAUGGCUGUGUGCAUGUUGACUAUGCAAUUACUGGAAAGACUAUAACAUGUUUCUGCUUUUGUAAACUGAUACGAUGCUAAUCGCUCAUCAUAAUCUGUAGCCUUCAAACAGACAUUUUAGAGCAAAAAAAAAAAAAACUGUGAUUUUUCCCAUCAUGUCUUAAACUAUGGAGACUCAACUGUUUGGGAUAGAGAAUUUAUGAAAUAGGGACUUGCAGAAUUGGGACCUCAAUGCACACAACAUGUGAUGUUUGUUUGCGUCCCAAAUGGCACCAUGUUCCCUUUAUAGUGCACUACUUUUGACUAGAGCCCUAUGAGUCCUGGUCUAAAGUAGUGCACUUUAUAGGGAAUAGGGCACCCAUGUUGUACCGAUCUGCAUUUACUAAACAUGAAACUAAUCUCCUGGCAUGUAAUGCAAGCGUGUGUUUUUUUGUUUGUUUGUCAAAAACAGCUGUGCUGUGUUGUAAAUAUGAUACAAAAUUAUAUUAAUAAAAAUCUGAGAAAAAUAACUACAGUUAGUGUUUUCCAUCUAAGGCAAUUCAUUUCAACUACAGUGUCACAGAUUGAAAAGUAGUUGACUGCUGAAUUGAGAAACAACCCUUUAUUGGUCAGAAGAACAGCUGUGUGUGUGUGUGUGUGUGUGUGUGUGUGUGUGUGUGUGUGUGUGUGUGUGUGUGUGUGUGUGCGUGUGCGUGUGCGUGUGCGUGUGUGUGUGUGUGUGUGUGUGUGCGUGCGUGCGAGCGUGCGUGCGUGUACUAUCCCCAUAGAAUAGUCAGAUAAUAUUUUUCUUUCUUUCUUUGACAGACGUGACCUUCGGAUUGGACCAGAGUGGGUUUUGUAA